AUUUUUUUUUUUCGUGUAGAGGUGUCUAUAAUGGCGGUUGCGGGUGUCAACCUGAAAUCGAAAGAGGUCAGUCCCCUGGAAGAGGACCGAAGAGCUGAAAUGGCGCGCAUUCUGGAUGCAAUUCGAGGGAUUUCCGGGACUGGAGGACAACUCAAUCUCGGUUACGAGACGAGCACGAAAGAUGCUUGCAGUGCCCCAAAGCCAAAAUCUCGGUCAAGUAAGCCGCCGGGAAUAUCUUCUACUGAAAAUGAAGGAUCAUUCCUGCAAAAUGCGCGUAAUGGAGGCGUUGGCAAGUCCAACAAUAAUCUCAGUUCUGAGUUCCAGUCGCCAAGUAGCGUGAUGAUGCGUGCCAAGACCAUUGUAUCUAAUAAAAGAGUGGAAGCGACGAAUGGUGCAGAUUCUGGCCUUGAAAAUAUCGCAACAGGCGAUGAAGUUGGAAAUUUAAUUGCUAAUCAAUCUGCCCGGCCGGAAAAAAAAGCAUUAUCCGAAAAAGUGGGAAGUGGUGUUAAUCCAACCAAUUCGAAAGCCAAGGAAAUUCGCCGACACGCCGCACAGAAGAUCGUAGAACAGAAAACCGAAAAAAUUGCUCACGCGGAAAUAAGAGAAAAUUUUGAAAUGGCCACUCAGGGAGACGCUUCUUUGCCGACAAAAAGCAAAGAAGCGAGUCCUAUAGAAAAGAACGGAGAACUCGGGAUUGAGUACCAGCUGCUCAAACAAGCCCUGGAGAAAGUCGCUGGUCUGGAAGAAAAACUUGAAUCCACCAGAAAGACGAACAAGGAUGACAUUUUGAAAGUCAGCUUGAAUGAAGAUAUGCUCAGAUUUCAAGCGAGCGUCAACAAGAAAAUGAGUGCUACCUUGGAAGAAUACGCGAAAAAGUUUUCAGAGGUUCAAACACUCGCGCAGGAUGCUGUGAAAGAAGCGAAGGCAGCAGCAGGUCGAAGCGAUCAUUUGGUUCAGAUCGUAGAUAAACUCGUGCAUAGAACGAAGGAUAAUGGCGAAAUAUUGUGGGCCCUGAGUAAGGAAUACCGAAACACCGCUUCCAAAUUGGCAUUGGAAUGCAGUGGUCAUUUGUGGAUUAUUCGGGGAGUUCAAGAUGCGUGGCGUAUGGCUGUCAAGAAGGGUAGUUUGGUGGAGUCUGUGCCUUUCUACACGGCCAAGUACAAGGGAAACCGUCACUAUCCCCGCGCGACGAAAGCCCGGGACACGAAAGCCCCGCGGGGCAAUAGCCCUGACACGAAAUCCCCGCCAUACCCGGGCACAGCUGUAACGAAAGCCCCGCCCGAACUUUUUUUCAGGACUGGUUGUCUUCGGUAG